GGUGCAGGUUGAAAUAGUUUUUUCAAAGCCUAUUUCUCGAAUUUUGUUUCGUGAGAGCAGCAAAGCCUUCAAGGAGUUCUUAUCACUAAAUUCUCCAUUACCUUAAAAAAAGAAGACUGCUUUACUCCCGCGGAAAGCUGCGUGAUCCUGCAGAGCAGAAAUGUUUACCCGAACACAACUCCGUCCCGUGAAAAUUUCACACCUCAUGUGCGAAUCGCAAUCCUCAAACACUGGCUCAUUUUCGCGCAAUUUGAGUCCACGGACUCAGUCUGCGAGACUUUCCCAACUCUCGCGGGAAGACUGGGACAACGCCGUGAGGAAGUUUCAAGAGAAUACGGAAUCACCCCGGGAAUCUGUUUGGAAGAAUCGACUGUCUGCUCUGGGCUCCACGAUUUCGAAAACCGGCACUCAACUCGUUGAUCGCGCAGACUCUUUCGUCAAGAGUCCCUAUUUUGUAUCAACUGUGGAGAAGUCUGUAAGUGUCACUCGAGAUUUCGUGUCGAAAACCCGCGAAGUCGCGAACGAGGAGUACAAGCAGUUCACGCGCAACAUCGCGGCCGUGAAUUACCCGGACUUGAAGCGGCAAGUGGUGUCUAGUCCUCGUGAAUACUUCAUUUAUGGUUCCCUCGUCGUGGCUCCGAUCGUGUUCCCAUCCGCAUCUUUCCUAACUGCCUGGCAGUUCUAUCCCAGUCUCGCCAACCUCCAGUUGAUGUGGAGUGGAAUCUUGGUGACUUACUUUGCCGGGAUGCGGUUCGGACUGUCGCUAGUGGAGCUCGGAGUGCCGGACAGACGAGCAGUGAUUUAUUGCGGUGUUCCGUUGGUGAUGUGUUGGGCUGCGAUGCCGUUGCCCUUGCCCAUGAGUUACUUGGGAGCCAUGAGUGGGUUGUUUGCGUCUGCGUACUAUGAUCAGAUCGGAGCAGUUUAUCCCGAAACGUUUCACGCGCUCCGAGUGUUCUUCACUCUCGUCGCGAUCGUUGCUCUUUCGGUGGGGCUGGUGGGAGCCGUGACGUGUGGCAAACGCGUUAAUGCUGCCAUCUCCGAACGCGCGAUGCACUGACAAGUGUUUCCAAGCGUAACGGUUUCUUUUUGUUUCCUUUCUGGAGUUUUCUGCUGUGUUGUCGAUCGCGUUGGUCAAUGGAUUUGUGUGAUGAUAGAGGAGUGAAAUUUCGUUGGCUGAUUUCAGUGAUUCUUUUGCGUGAACAGUUUCACGGUUGUAUCUUGAUUUGUCUGAAAGUUGAAGACAUUCCGGGAACAUACAGUUGCACGUUUCUUUAGUUUAACGUAGAUGUCGCUACCAUUCCUCUCACGAUAUUAUGGAAUACUCUACCAGAACCCUGGAUGACGGGACCCGCACAUAUUCCCGACUCGAGAGUUUCCGACGCCCCACAAGCAGUAACUCGGCUCCGCCCCGCUGGCGUACCCCCUCCCGGACCUAGGUCUUUCCUUGGGUUGCACUUGAACAAAGCAAGACUGGAAUCCUGGAAUGCAUCACUCAUGUACAACCAUGAGAAAGAAAAGUGUUGGGUACAGAAAGUUGGGGUCAUGGGAGGUGCAGUGGCAAAGAGUUCUGCUCCAGCAAGAUGGGGCUCCAUGCUUCCUGUGGAUCCAGGGAGUCCACCAGCAUUGAGUAAUAGUGAUAGAUGGGGAUCGUUGUAUCCAGUGGAGUGGAAGGUCUUCUUGGUCUUCCAGCGGGGAUCUUCCUCUGAUGCGAUCCUUCCCAUAUGUUGUUGGUCUAUCAUUGAAUCCCACAUGUUUUCUUUUGUGUUGGUCAUGUCUUCUGGUGUUGUGAUAAAAGUCCUUUUACUACACCGGAAACGGAAAUCGAGGGAAGAACACUACAAGCACAUGAAUAUGGCUGAUCUCGACACUGUAUUCCGCGUCACGACAACGACGAUCGACAGGAGGAAGAGGAGGAAAGGAAUGCGCGGUUUGAAUGACAUUUUUGACGGCCCCGAAACGGACCAUUCGUGUGUUCAGACGGAUGAGAUUAGCAGAGUAUCGUGUUUUCGAUUGGCAGUCAGUUUGAAGACGACUGGUGCAUCGAAAGUGCCCGAAGGAGUUCCUGCUCCCGUCAACGAGAAGUUACCAACGAAGAAAAUGCUCGACGGAGAAUUGAGCGAAUUCCAUCCUCCCGGGGUUUCGUGGAGAGUAGCAGUUAAUGACGAACGAACGAAUCGGAAUUCUGGUCAAGAUUUCGAAGGUCAUCAUGCUGCGGUUUCAGAGCUAUGA